UACUAAUGGUCCGAUGGAAAUAAUCGCUGAAACCCUCUCUGAAAAAUCCUCAUCAACGGCGAUCAAUCGAUCGCCGGAGGAUCACGCAAUGUCUGAAAGAAGUGCCAAGAAGUCGAAGAGAGACAGAAGUGCUCUUGAAUCACCAUCGCCAUCAAGGCUAGGAGGAGGGGCUCAAGGAACCCCCGAUGCGUUCGAUUUGAAAUCGCCGGAAUCCGCCCAGUGGAAGACUCCGGCAGACACGCCCAACAAGACUUGGGCAAGACUGUUCGCCACCGAUCAGAAUGACACAUUCGAGGUUUCGAAUGAUGAAGGCAUGGACGACGAAGGCAACCCAACCUGUCCGAUAAUCCCAAUCACAAGAGAGGAGAAAGAACGAAUCCGACGUCCAUGGAGGAAGACGCUAAUAAAUAGGGUUUUCGGAAGGAAAGUAGGCUACGCAUAUCUUGUUCAAAGGCUCCAGAAGCUGUGGAAACCAGAGGCGUCGUUCGAGCUAAUUGCCCUAGAAAACGAAUACUAUAUCGCGAAAUUCGAAUCUAUGAGAGACUAUGACAUCGCCAAAUAUGAAGGGCCAUGGGUUAUUCUUGAUCACUACCUAACUGUUAAGGAGUGGGUGCCAAAUUUUGAUCCAAGAAACAAUGUAACGGAGAAGAUACUUGCCUGGGUUACGUUCCCGACGGUCUCAAUCGAGUAUUUCGAAGAAGAAUUCCUCAUAAAAUAGCAAUGAAGGUUGGACGUCCCGUGAAGGUGGAUUAUACAACGAGUUUGAUUUCCAAAGGAAAAUUUGCACGUGUGUGUAUCGAAGUAGACAUAUCAAAGCCGCUCCUGGCCAAGUACACGCUGAGUGACACAGUCUGGCCAAUUGUCUACGAGGGGCUUCACCUCAUAUGUUUCGGUUGUGGCCUAUAUGGGCAUAGACUGGAACAUUGCGGCAAAAUUGACUCAGAGGACAGAACUGCACCGGAGGAAGUUGGAGCAGAGCAGAUGAACGAGAAUCUCCGUCCUGAGGAGAUAGGUCAAGUUCAGAAGACACACCUAAAGAAAUCAAACCAAGAUUACGCAAGCAACUAUGGAUCUUGGAUGCUGGUGCAAAGAAAGGAAAGGUGUUAUCAACGAAGGGUGACGAAUAAACCAGAGAACCGGCAAAUACAACCUCCAGGAAUUUUUAACAAAGGCCCAACCGGAAGAGGAAUAACAGAGUUUGAAGGGAUGGGAGAUCAGUCAUGCUUCACCCUGCUGGCUGACCUUGAUGGCAAUGAAGAUGAUCCGGUUCAUGACAAUCAGGCUCCCAUGGAACCAGUACAUGACAAUCAGACCCCCAUGGAACCGGUUCAAGCUCCAGUUCUGAUGUUACCUAGAAUUAGAACAAAUUUCCAGCAAGGUCAAGCACCAAGAUCUCAGCCUGAUGUUGGUGGUGCUCAGAUGGCCAGACAACCGGCCGUACAGCUUAGGGCCCCUUUCCAUGCCCAACACGGAUCUAUUAGGGGUAGAUUAGGCAGAGGUGGGCCACCUAGAAGGGCGGCGGAUGAGGCGGAGCAUACGGUGGUUCGUGGCACCAAUCAUGGCAGAGACAUCUCCAGAGCGGUUGUCCAUCAUGCGAAUGACCAGUCUGAUAUUUCGCCGAUGGUUGUUCUCGAGAACACCUGCAGAAACGACCCUCCGGACAUCGCCAAGGUCUUCGAUAGGCUGGCUGAGCCACCUGACGAAGCUAUGGCGGAUGCUGAUAAAUGUGAUGGCCUCAUUGGCCCUGGGGAAAAUGCCCUUUCAUGCUCCUGAGCUGCUGUUUUCUUUUUGGUUUCUUUGCGUCCUUGGGCGUUUUUGUGUUGCUUGCUUUUGUUUGUUAUGAUUAUCAUGUCUUGAAAUUGCCAAGGGGCGGCCUCACGAGCGUUUGGCCGUACUCUUAAAAUGUUUAUCCAGGACCAUAAACCGGAUAUUGUUGCGUUGCUUGAACCCAAAGUCUCGAGUUCCCAAGCAGAUAGCAUUUGUUCCUCUUUUAAUUACUCGGAUUGGGUUACAAUAGAAGCAGUUGGGUAUUUAGGGGGAAUUUGGAUACUCUGGAAGAGUGCGUUGUCUGUGGAUAUUAUUGACACUCACCCUCAAUCUGUGACACUGCAGGUCGACGAUAGGAUGAAUCAACCUUGGUGUCUUUCGUUCGUUUAUGCAAGUCCAGUCCUAACCCUUCGUAGUUAUCUCUUUACUGAAUUAACAGGUCAGGAAUCCCCUUGGAUGACAAUCGGGGACUUUAACUCUGUAGCUGGUCCUGAUGAAGUGAGCAAUCCAGCAACUUACUCGUCCGCCAGAAGCUCAGACUUCAACGACUGGAUUUUCCGAGAGGGUCUUGUAGACCUUGGCUACUUUGGUACUAAAUUUACUUGGAUGAGGGGGCUGCAAUCAACCACAUUUAAAGGCGCAAGGCUUGACCGAGCUCUUGGCAAUUUGGAAUGGGCUUUAGCAUUCCCGGAUGCCAAGGUGAAGCAUCUGCCUUUGGUACAGUCUGAUCAUUGUCCCUUGCUUGUCACCACAAGGUCAGCUCAGAUCUCGGUUAAUUGCAAGAGGUUUAGAUACAACAUGGUUUGGGCCACUCAUCCGAAUUUUCACUCGCUUAUGCAACAAGCUUGGGAUCAAAAUAGGGAUAUUGAAUCAAACAAAGCUAGUAUGGCUAGAGCUCUAACAGACUGGAAUAGAGAUGUAUUUGGGAAUGUGUUCCACAAGAAAAAGAAAAUCUUAGCAAGGAUUAGUGGAAUACAAAGAAGGUUAGCCGAACGUGCAAGUGCUGAAUUGUUAAAAUUAGAGAAGAAACUGGGCCUGGAAUUAGAAGAAAUUCUGUACCAAGAGGAGCUGUUAUUAUGGUAUCAACGAUCAAGAGAGGAAUGGAUAGUGUCUGGGGACCGAAAUACACGAUUCUACCAUAUAGCUACUAAGUUAAAAAACAGCUCCGCUAGGAUAUCCAAGCUAAAGGAUGAUGAUGGCCUUUGGAUUGUGGAUGAAGACAAAGUCAGGGAACACAUCUCUAAGUAUUUUAUGGAAUUAUUUGCAAGGGAUCAAUUGCUUUCCGUCUAGUCUCCCCUUACCGGCUGCUUUCCAGAGUUGUGUGAAGACGAUUGGAGAACAAUAAACAAGCCUUUCACAGAAGAGGAAGUCAAGAGAGCCUUAUUCAACAUGGACGCAACUUAUGCACCAGGCCCCGAUGGAUUUACCGCAGGUUUUUAUCAGACUUCAUGGAACACCGUUAACAGGUCUUUGUUUGAGUUCGCCACAAGUUUCUUUAAUACUGGGCAGCUUCCAGAAGGGAGCAAUGAAACAUUGAUUACUCUUAUACCCAAGGUUCCGAAUCCAGAAACGGUAAAGCAGCUUCGCCCCAUUGGAUUGUGUAACGUAUCCUACAAAAUAUUGACUAAGAUGAUGGCGAAUAGACUAAGGGAAAACUCGAAGACCCUAAUCGGUGUUCACCAGACCAGCUUUGUGCCAGGGAGACAAAUCAUAGAUAACAUCCUCGUCUACCAGGAAAUUCUGAAUUCAAUGAAGGUAAAGAAAGGAGCCAAGGGUUAGAUGUUAAUGAAGAUCGAUUUAGAGAAAGCCUAUGACAGGUUGAAAUGGGAGUUUAUUGAAGAUACCCUUCGCGAUAUUGGUUUCAACCAGUCUUGGAUUAGAAACAUCAUGAAUUGUGUUACUACAUCGAGACUUGCAAUCACUUGGAAUGGAGAGCAGUCCGAAUGGUUUGAACCAGGCCGAGGAAUUAGACAGGGAGACACUAUUUCCCCUUUACUUUUUGUUUUAUGCAUUGAGAGACUAAGCCAUUUGAUUCAUGAAUCUAUUAACUCUGGUCGUUGGAAGGGCAUUAGUAUUAAGAGAAACUGUCCACUAAUUAGCCAUCUUUUUUUUGCAGACGAUAUGAUUCUCUUUGGAGAAGCUUCCCUUGCACAAGCCGAGGAAAUGAAGAGAUGUCUUGAUAGAUUCUGUUGCUGCUCGGGUCAGAAGAUUAAUCUCCACAAGUCUACCAUGUUCUUUUCAAAGAACACUCAGCUGGAUUUGCAGAUGAUAAUUUCAGAUUUUAUAGGUAUCCCUAGAGUUACAGACAUGGGAAAAUACCUCAGAGUUCCCUCAAUCCAUGGCAGACUCAAAAACGAAUCUUUCUCGGGCAUCCUUGAGAAAGUACAAACCAAGCUAGCAGGCUGGAAAUCUAAGCACCUUUCUUUGGCUGGAAGACAUGUCUUAAUACAAUCUGUCCUCUCUUCUAUCCCCUACUUUGCUAUGCAGACUACUCUACUUCCUGUUGGAGUAACAUCGGCUAUUGAGAGACUCAUUAGAAGAUUUCUUUGGGGUAAUACGGGCAACACCAGGAAUUGCCACAUGGUUAGUUGGGAUGUGGUUACAAGAAGCAAGACAAAUGGUGGUUUAGGUAUAAGAAGACUAGACGAGAUGAACAAGGCCUCCUUGGCUAAGCUUGGUUAGAGAUUGGCUAACAAUGAUGAUUGCCUCUGGUCGAAAAUGUUUCAAGCCAAAUAUGCAGCAUUACCAUCAGACCUUACAACCUGGAAGCCUAAACCGACGAUGUCUAAUGCAUGGAAAGGAAUACUCAAGACAUAUCCAAUCUUGAGCAAAGGUAUCUUCAAAUAAGUGAGAAAUGGUUGGGGUACUCAAUUUUGGACAGAUAUCUGGUUAGUUGAUCAACCAUUACUGAGCCUAGCCACCUCCUCGGUUUUACCAUAUGAUAUUCACAGGUUUGUUGCUACCUACUGGACUGACGAUUCUGAUUGGAAUUGGAAUGAACUUGAACAAGUCUUGCCGGCUGAAUUACUAGAUAAAAUUGCAGCAGUUGUGCUCUGCGAGGACCCAGAAGCAACCGAUACUUUGAGGUGCACGAACGAAAGUAAUGGCGAAUUUUCUAUCACUUCGGCCUAUGAAUUGGCAAUAAUUGGGGCAGCGCACCCAUCACAACCGACCAAGUGGAAGAAUAUUUGGAAUAUCAAGGUUCCAAACCAAAUUAAAUCUUUUCUAUGGUUAGUAAAGCAUGACAGGAUCAUGACUAAUAGCAACAGGUGCAAGCGUGGCAUGUCGGACUGUGACAAGUGCUUUCGCUGUUUGAAUCAGAUUGAAGAUACAGAGCACGUAAUUCGUACAUGUCCAGCAACGGCAGAAGUUUGGAAGUGCAUCUUUCCCUCAACUUGCUUGCAACACUGUCUUAGUCCUUUUCUCCAGUUGGCUAGACAAAGGGAUUGAAGGCAUUCUUGGUGGCAUUAAUCCCCACAACGACAGUAUUGUGUUUGCCAUAACAGCUUGGUUCAGGAUGCAAGAAGAGCCUUCGAUAAGGCUAAGGGCGCACAGAUCUCGGAUAACGCACCGCAUGGGAGACUCCUUCAUUGGAAUAAUCCUCCGGAAAACUUCGUAAAGAUCAACGUGGAUGGAGCAGUGGACUUGUCCUCAGGAAAAGCAGGAUUGUGGGGGGCUAAUAAGAUACCAUACAGGUCAAUGGCGCAGGGGAUUCAUGUAUAACAUUGGGGUUUCGCAUCCUCUAACAGCUGAAGCAUGGGGAUUAUAGAAGGGGAUUCAACUAGCGGCGGCUAUGGGAUUCCCCAGAAUUCAGAUUGAAAGCGACUCUAGUGAGGCAGUCGCAAGUAUCAACAAUAAUUCCUUCCCCAAUAAUCAAGCUCGCAACAUACUUUUGGCUUGCAAGCAGGAGCUCAAAAGCUUUGUCGAAUAGCAGAUUCUAUGGGUUGCUCGUGAAUGUAAUCGCCCGGCCGACGCACUUGCAGCUUGGGCUCGUCGUAUCCAUAGAGGUCUUUAUAUUUUAGAAAAUCCUCCAGACCAUGUUAAAUGCCUGCUCUUAGAUGAUCUGAACCAGGUUCCUAUGUGGCGUCUAAAUACAGACUGUUAAACUCUUGUUUUUUGGGGUUUCCCCCCUCCAAUUUGAAAUAAAAAAAUAUAGGAUUUUGUUUGUAUAUAUAGUAUAGAUUACUG